GGCGAGCCCGCAAGCUGGGCACCGCGGGCCUCGCCGGUCGCGCGCGCGAGCCCCUGCCUGGCGGACUGCGCCGCGGAGGGCGGCCGGGCGGGGCCCCGCGAGCCUCCGGGCGGCUGCGUGUUCGAGCUGGGCCUUCCGGGCUGCUCGCCCGAUGGCACGCCGGCGGAGGCCGCCGAGGAUCCGAGGAUGGCGGCGACCGUCGAGGAGGACCGCCACUACGCGCAGCUGUCGCUGCGCCGGGACGUCGCCGAGGCGCAGGAGAGACCUACGCGCUCUUCGCGUCCUACGACGUGGACGCCGACGCCCCGCGCUACCCGCGGCCGCCGCCGUCCCUGGGGCGCCGCGCCCCCGGCCGCGAGGGCGGCCCGUGCGCAGAAACCGCGUGGGCGCCAGCCGCUCCCCUCGACCACGGUCGCGCCCCACGGCGCCGGCCUCCUCGCGGCGCCGCCGUGACAUCGGCGCCGGCGGCGCUGGCGGGCCGGGCGGCCCUGCGGAGCCGGCAGGCCGGCUGGCGGAGGCAUCACCGGUGCCCCCGAGCGAAGGUGCUCCUUUCGCCGAAUCGUCUACCUUAUCUUUUUGUUGCCGCACUUCAAGAACGCCACAUGC